AGUUUCAGCAUUGUGGACAUGGGUGUGUGUGUAUCUGUGGCCCAUUUGGCCUGUCCCACGGCUUCCUUCAAUGAUGGGUUGUGAGUGGCUCUGUUGCCCCUAGUUGAUUGUCCCUUUUAUACCAUGGCUAUAAUUCAACACAUUUACUGCUAGACAUGUGUUCAUUUGCAGGUAGAAAUGUGUUCAACAUCCACUGUAGAUAGCUACAGUAGUUGCCUUGGUAACCAAACAAACCGACAUGCUAGUUUAGCUAACCCAACCACCAGUCAUAGCUAGCUAUUAUGAAAAUCAAGUUCCAAAAAUUCCAAUAAUGUUUUCAAUUCGGCUUUUGCUUUCAAAAGCAGCUCACACAUAGACCAUUUAAAUGAUAAUGCCCGCCUCGAAGCCGGUGUUUGGAGGAUAUAUUUUUACUUGCCCAAUGUUCUAAAAUGUAGCAAGUUUCGAUAGUAACCAGGGGCUGUCACACACCGGGUCGUAGGAGCUGCUUCAUAGCUCGAAACAGAAAAUAGAUAUUUCAUACUUCACUUUCCAACACCCGUGGAAAUGUUUAACAGUCUUCUCGGGGUAUUUGACGAGGACCAUUUCUUCUCGUAAGCGGUAUCAAUAUUGUAUUCUGCCACUCGUUCAUUCGACUGUCGGAAUAUUUUUCUAGAAAAAUAAUAUUUAUUUUAAAUAUCAGUCAAAAGUCAACACCACUUUGAUCAUGACACAUAUAAACGAUAAAGAUAAAGGAUAAGAACGACUGUACCCACCCCUUGUCUAAAAUGAGUCAGUAGUGUAGGCUAUUAUCAAUAGCGUUAUAGUAUGCCAGUAGUGAUUGUGUAAAAUAAUGAAUGUGGAGAAUGUAUCAGCACAACUGCCAAUAUGCUAACAUUCCAUUCAAACAAUGCAGUCAAUCCCCAGCCGUACUCUGGCUAAAAUCAGUUCAUGAUAGGAUUUACACAAGUUGAAAAUGCAACAAGUACUGAUAUUGUAUCAUAUAACAGCACUGACAGCUUUUCAACAUUUUUUAGAACGGUAUGGUCUUGUGGCACACGCUGGUAAAAUAGUUAAGGCAAAACUUUCGAAUAUUGUUUUUAUGGAGCGAGCUCCGUUGUCACGACAGCUACUGACAACAUUGCGUUGUGCUGAUAGAGCCGCUCGAGCUUUGAAUAGCCGCCAAUCGCAGUGUUCGUCGGAGGUCAUGUGGCUGUUUGUUCAUCAGCCCAACGUUCUAAAAUGUAGCAAGUUUCGAUGGUAACUUCAUUGACACCGAGCGCGGGGGGCUAUAACGGUCACACACCCGGUCGUUGGAGCCGCUUCAUUGCAGGAGACAGAAAAGAGAUAUUUCAUACUUCACUUUCCCCGUCCAACACCCGUGGAAAUGUUUAACAGUCUUCUCAGGGAAUUUGACGAGGACCCUUUCUUCUCGCCAUCGGACUGCUGAACAGCUAUCACUUGCUGCAUGGCUACCUGCCUGUGCUCUGCCCUGCACCUUGAAGACUUAUGCCCCAUGGAUCCAUUCCAGGCACACAAUACCCGUGUACAACAGAUGAUGCGGAGUUUCUCAGAGCCCUUCGGUCGGGACUUCAUGCCCAGUCUGACUGGCGGGCGGGAAAGGGGCCACGUAUCCGGGGACCAACUCAACACUAGCAUGGUGCCACGGGAGGACCACAGGGACAUGGAGUCGAAGAAUCCAUUCAGUAUGUUGGACAGCAUGAUGUUUGGCGUGAGGAACAGGAUGGAAGACAUGCACAGAAACUUUGAGAACCUGUCCACAGACUCAAACGGCAACACCAACGCCCACUCAUUCAGCUCUUCCUCAGUGAUGACCUAUUCCAAGGUUGGAGACGAACCCCCCAAAGUGUUCCAGGCCUCAUCCCAGACACUGCGCGCCCCUGGCGGGAUUAAGGAGACUCGGCAGUCCCUGAAGGACUCAGAGAGUGGUCUGGAGAAGAUGUCCAUUGGACACCACAUCCAGGACCGAGGACACGUGGUGGAGAAAAAACACAACAAGAAGACAGGGGAACGGGAGCUCAACCAGGACUUCCAGAAUCUGGAUGAAUCUGAGGCGCAGUCCUUUGACGAAGAGUGGCAGCAAGAGGUGUUUAAAUUCAGACCAUUUGGCCCCAAGUCCCGUCUGGAGGCCCCCAAGCCUAGGGUGGUGCAUCGGGCAGCCCUCACUGCCACCACCGGCCACGACCAGGGACGUAGGGACAAAGUAAAACCAAAACCUGAAGGAAGGAAAAUACACAUCGAGGAUCUCAAAGUCAAAGGAUCAGGCAUGGUGAAGCAGUAGAAAUGUCUAGCAAAUAAAGCUACAUCAGGCAACAACUCUUUGAUGCUUUUACCUGUCUCCAAGACAAGCUUGGUUUCCAGGUAUUUUGUCUCACAGAAAAUCAGACAAUGACCCAGUUGUUGAUAUGCUUUUUACCCUUUCAUUUUCACGCUACCAAGUAAAGAACACUUGUCAAGUCAGGCACUUAUGUCAGAGUAGAUCCAUACAAGCUUCUUCCAGAAAGCUCAGGACUCCUGUGGAAGUAGCAUUAAGACAGGCACACAUAAGCUACUAGCGAUUGUAUGUGAUAUAUGAUUUCAGAAUCAUGACAUUGAGCAGACAUUUGUCACAUGUUAUAUCAUUGGGCAUCAGAUCAACAGCAAUGUUAUCUCAGAAAUAUUAUCCUUCUGCUUUUGGAAUUGUCAUGUUCACAUUGUAUAGAUUGCAUCAAAAGGAAACAAACGUAUAUAUUUAUGCAGUUAGACAUUUGAAGUCCAUAAGUGCACUUAGACGUCAAACUUGUGUGCUUUUUAUGUGUAGUGGCCAUUGAUUUAUUAAUGUAUUUUACCUGCUGUAAUCUUUGUAAAAAAUGAUAAUACCCUUUUUAUAUUGUUAUUUGACAUGGGGUUAUCUUGUUUUUCACCAUGCUAUUAAUUUAUAACAUAAAACACCAAAAUUAUGGUUGGGAUGAAAGUGUCUGGUUCAUUCUAAAAUAUUCUUAUCAUGGGAUUCUUAUAGAUUGAACUCAUAAGAUCCUCAAUUUGAAAAUUAAAUAUUUAAUUUCAAAAGCAAA